AUGAACAAUCCCGAGCAGACCCAGAACCCUACGCCAAGCCAGAGCACUCGCCGCCGAAGCUCCGGCUUCAUGCCUGCAUUUGAAGGCCUCUCCCAACAUCAUCAAAAUGCCAACAAUAGCGCUCGGCGCCAGAGCAUGACCGACCAACAAUCCAAGCCGGGCUUCUUCGGCCAAAUCUUCCAUAACACACUCGGAAGGAAUGCCAAGUAA